UUUACGUUUCCUAGGAAUUCGGCAGGUAUACGGGAUUAUCGUUUUAUAUAUAAACCGAUCAGAGUUACUUGUGUCACUCAAACUGGAAGUAGCGAGACUGAGAAAAAAGAACAAAACAAAACAAAAAAAGAAAAUGGAAGACACGCUUUCUGCGUUGAGGUCUUUGAUGGCUUCUAACUCUCCGCCUCUUGAUGCCUUGGUUGUGCCUUCUGAAGAUUAUCAUCAGAGCGAAUAUGUAUCUGCACGAGACAAGCGCCGCGAAUUCGUUUCCGGCUUCAGUGGAAGUGCUGGUUUGGCACUUGUAACAAAGAAUAAAGCACUGUUGUGGACGGAUGGACGAUAUUUUUUGCAGGCUGAACAACAACUUAGUGAUCAGUGGGAGCUAAUGCGUAUUGGUGAAGAUCCUGCUGUAGAUAUCUGGAUGGCUGAUAACUUGCGAAAAGAUGCAUCCAUAGGGGUUGACCCUUGGUGCAUUUCAAUUGAUACUGCCCAGAGAUGGGAGCGUGCAUUUGCCGGAAAACAGCAGAGGCUGGUUCAAACGACAAAAAAUUUGGUAGAUGAAGUAUGGAUAAAUCGCCCACCAGCAGAGAUUAAUGCUGUUAUUGUACAUCCAUUGAAAUUUGCAGGUCGAUCUGUUGCAAAUAAGUUGAAAGAUUUGAGAAAAAAGCUUGUACAGGACCAAGCCCGAGGGAUAAUUUUCACAGCACUUGAUGAAGUUGCAUGGUUGUAUAAUAUUCGUGGAAGUGAUGUGGCAUACUGUCCUGUUGUUCAUGCAUUUGCUAUUGUGACAUCCAAUUCUGCUUUCAUUUAUGUGGACAAGCAAAAGGUUUCUGUUGAGGUAAAAACUCAUUUAGAGGAGAAUGGAAUUGAAAUUCGAGAGUAUAUGGCAGUAAGCUGUGAUGUGGCAUUGCUAGCAACUGAUGAGCUUGAUGCUGUGUCUACUGCCAAGGUUGCUUUAGCGGAAGUUACAAUGGAGGCUGAAAAAGUUCCCAGUGAAACUAAUAAGCGUGUAAAUGGUGAACAUCAAACAGAAGAAAAUAGUCAGAAUCUCGUAUGGGCUGAUCCAGGUUCAUGCUGUUAUGCACUGUAUGCAAAAUUGAAGCCUGAAACAGUUCUCUUGCUGCAGUCACCUUUGGCCCUUGCAAAAGCUUUAAAGAACUCGGUGGAAUUGGAUGGGUUAAGAAAGGCACAUAUUCGGGAUGGUGCAGCAGUUGUUCAAUAUCUUGUGUGGCUGGAUAAGAAGAUGCAGGAUAUUUAUGGAGCAUCUGGUUACUUUUUGGAGAAGAAUUCUGUGAAAAAGAAGGAACAUCUGGAGUGCUUGAAAUUGACUGAGGUGACUGUAAGUGACAAACUUGAAGGUUUUCGAGCAUCAAAAGAGCAUUUCAGAGGAUUGAGUUUCCCUACUAUUUCCUCAGUUGGCCCCAAUGCAGCUAUCAUUCAUUAUUCUCCAAAUACAGAAACAUGUGCCGAACUUGAUCCUGACAAAAUUUAUCUGUUUGAUUCUGGAGCCCAGUAUCUAGAUGGAACAACUGAUAUUACACGAACAGUUCAUUUUGGGAAACCUUCAGCUCAUGAAAAAGCAUGUUAUACAGCAGUCCUAAAGGGUCACAUUGCUCUUGGAAAUGCUAGAUUUCCAAACGGCACAAACGGUCAUGCUCUUGAUAUUCUUGCUCGAAUUCCUUUGUGGAAGGAUGGUCUUGAUUAUCGACAUGGUACUGGUCAUGGUAUUGGGUCCUAUCUGAAUGUUCAUGAAGGACCUCACUUAAUCAGUUUCAGACCACAGGCCCGAAGCGUACCAUUGCAAUCUUCGAUGACUGUUACAGAUGAACCUGGUUACUAUGAGGAUGGACAGUUUGGGAUAAGAUUGGAGAAUGUGCUUAUUGUCAAGGAGGCUGAUACAAAAUUCAAUUUUGGUGAUAAAGGUUACUUAUCUUUUGAGCACAUUACCUGGGCACCAUAUCAAACGAAGCUGAUUGACCUGAACCUUCUAAGUCCUGAUGAGAGAAAUUGGCUGAACUCCUAUCACUCCACAUGCAGAGAUAUUCUGGGGCCAUAUUUGGAUGAAGUUGAAAAUGCAUGGCUGAAGAAAGCCACUGAACCUGUAGCUGUAGGUGUUCGGUGUUAAAUUGGCUAUCUGCUCGGCAUCAUCUCAUUUCUUUUUCCCAGUACUGUGAAUAGGAAGGUAAGCAACACACCUCUUAAUUGGUCAGAUUUUUAAAAGGUUAAAAUAAUUUUUAAAAUGUUUAAAUAAUGUUUCAAAGUGAUUAAUUUAUGUGCAAAUACUUUUUUUGAAAAUUGACUCUUCACCUGAAAUGUUUUGAGGACAGUGGUUAAAAGUGUAUUGCUAUUAAUUUUUUAUUAUAAAUAUGAUGUAUACUUAAAAAUGAUGAACUACGUUCAGUGGAAACGGUAUAGUAUUUGAAGAUAUUUUCUUGUUUGACGUCAUUUUUAGGGCGGGCCCAACGUAACAUUGGAUAGGCUUAAAGCAAAUUUCAAACCAAAAAUUUUAAAUUAAUUAAAUAUAAUUCAUUAAGAUUAUAGUAUAUUUUAAAAGUUAUUGAUUAUAUUACUAUACAAUAUAAUUAACAUUUGUAACUAUUAGAAUUUUGAUUAUUUUAAUUUAUUUUUGUUAAAUAUAUGAGCAAUAAUUUAUAUAUAAUGGGAUUAUAUGUUG